AUGUUAGAUAAAAAUCAAUCAAGUGACAGGGAGCGCACAAUCACAACGAAAACUUCUAUUAACGUAUCGAGAAACCAAGCGAAAUGGCAACAGACGAGAAAGGUAUCACGUAAGGAUUACUAUCUAAAUGAAGAUUCCGACGAUGAUAAUGCUGAUCCACAGUAUAAUGAAAUAAAAGACUGGGUCGAUGAGUUCUUUGAAAGAAAAAGUGAAAUUGACGCACCUGAUCCUGAGGACACAGAAGUAAACUUAACAAGAAAGCAAACUCUUAUACUAUCCACAUUAGUCCCAGAUGAAUUAUUACUAAUGAAAAAAUUCGAUAGUAUGGAACCGAAACGGUUUGUUGGUGUUCUCUUAAUGGCUGACGUCUCUGGUUACACAGCUUUAUCAGAACGAUACAACAACGCCGGAAAAGGUGGCACAUACCGUCUUACUGUCACACUAAAUACUUACCUCGGUUCUCUAGUAGAAUUAAUUUACAGUCAUGGAGGUGAUAUUCUUAAAUUUGCUGGUGAUGCAUUUCUAGCUCUUUGGAAAACAGACAAAAGGACUUUCUUGUGUCAUACUAUUCAUACAGUUAUUACAUGUGCUCUUAUAAUACAACACUCUUAUGCCACUUACGAAACAGACGUCAAAGUUAAUUUAAAAGUAAAACUAGCUAUAUCAGCUGGGAAUUUAAUAUUUGCUCCGAUUGGUCGUGGUAUUGAUAUGAAUUAUAUAAUUUUUGGCCUGCCUGUUUUGGAGGCAAAAGCGGCUGAAAGCGUAUGUGCUUCUGGAGAAGUUAAACUUACUGCAAAUGCAUGGGGCCACUGCUACUCUAGAAAUUAUGAUCAUACUGUCCAUAACGAUGGGCAUGUUACAGUUAGAGCAAUAUUAUACGAUCCUCGUGAAAAGGAGGUUACGAAGCCUUUUGUCGGUUUUGGACCCCUCAUGAACCAGUUUAAGAGGUUCAAUAUUGACAAUUAUCCAACAUAUUUGUGGGAGGCACCCGAUAAUUUAAACCCUGCAGAGGUCAUACACAGAAAUGAAAUACUAAGUCGUCGAAAAGCAAUAUUACAUGCGGAAGAAAAUAAUAUCGGUUCAGAAAUUCGAAAAUAUAUAAUACGGCCAGUACUCACUCAAGUAGAUGCACACCAACCUUUGGAAUAUCUAACUGAAAUGAGACAGGUGUCCGUGUUAUUUGUAACCCUUAAACCUAGAGAUUGCCCAUCCCUACAAUUAAUAACAAUAGUAAAUAAUUCUUAUGAAAUAACAUGCGAAAUUGUUUACAAAUCUAUGGGUUGUGUAAAUAAGAUUAUUCUUUUUGACAAAGACGUUAUGAUUUUGGUUAUAUUUGGUUUGCGAGGAUUUAAACAUGAGUCAGAGGCACAAGCGGCUCUUAAAUGUGCAUACAGUGUUAAAAAAUCAGUAUCCGCCCUUGACGGUGUUCUGGAAGUAUCUAUUGGAGUAACAACGGGUCAAGUAUAUUGUGGUGUGAUUGGACAUCCAUUGCGAAGAGAAUUUACUGUCAUAGGUGCAAUAGUCAAUAAAGCCGCGAGACUGAUGUGUGGCUUUAGAAAUAAAAUAACAUGUGAUGAAACAACAUUCAUCAAGAGUAAAAUGUCCAGUAACGGAUUUACACUUCAACCUAAAAUUGAACUAAAAGGCAUCAUACAACCAGGCAAGAUAUACGAAUACUCUGAGGAAAUACGAGUAAAAGCAUUAUUCGAUAUACCAAUGACACCUCCUUUAUUAAAUCGAAAUGAUGAAUUAGAAUAUUUUGAUAAUUGGCUUAACAAUAAUGAAACAUCUUUCCGAGAUUUUGACGCCCUGUUAUUGAUAGGAGAUCCUAGAAUAGGAAAAACACGGUUAUUAGAAUGUAUGGCAAGGGUUGCCCAAAAACAGGGGCACAAAACAUGUUUUCUUAGUUUAACAUCAGUUCAUUCAGCAACACCUUAUUUGGCACUUACUCAAAUUAUAAAUCAAAUCUUAGGACUACAAGAACCUAUAUUAGGCUUUGCUAAAGAAGAAAAAAUUAUAAAAUUUUUAAAAGUCUAUAGUGAUGAUCUAUGUUACCUCAAUCAUAUAAUUAAAGUUCGUUUUGCAUACCAUGAAGGAGUAGAUUUUCAAAAUGAGCAGAGGAAAAAAGAGAAAGCCCAUGAAAUGUUUUUGAAGCUGAUGCAUUCAGUAACAGAAACAUAUGUGAUUUUUUUAGAUGACAUACAAAAUUUGGAUUCUUCAUCUUGGGAUUUUAUUUGUAUUAUGUUUAAGGCUUUAAAAAUAUAUACAGUACUUUCAGUGACACGUGGAAAGUAUGGUUCAAUGCAAGGAUGGCUUUAUAACAUGUUUAUCAACAACAGUAUUAGGAAAAUUCUUUUAGGUCCGCUAUCUUCUGGUUGGAUUGCACCACUUGCAUGUCAAAUUUUAGACGUUGCUGCUGUGCCAAGUGACUUAUGUAAUGCACUUAGAAUAAAUUGUAAUGGAAUGCCUGGUAUGAUUGAAAAUUUUAUCAUCCAUUUAUUUUCAAACGGAGCUUUAGAGCUGAAAAAAAUUAAUACAGAUGAAUUACAAAAUUGGACCGACGAAGAUUUACAGUUUCCCGAUGCACGGCUUUUGCAUCCUCAAGCUAUAAAUUUUACAGAUCAAGACACUCUAGACCAAUUAAUAAAUGAAGAUACCUCAGAAGAAAUCUCAAUUUGCGUAAUUAUUCGUAAGGAAGAGCUCAACGCUGUCAAAGAUAUUCAGAACAUUGAUGCUCUUGUUAUGAUCCAGAUAGACUCACUAACUCCGUAUCAACAAUUACUACUCAAAAUAGCUUCUGUUAUAGGAAAUAUAUUGUCAAGGGAUCUAUUGGAAAAUAUUAUGUAUGAAAAUGAUAUAUUAAUAACAGCAAAAGCUGUAAAAAGACUUUUUGAUAUGAAAGUCUUAUCUUGUGCUAAUGUUCUUAAUCCAAAAGACACCAAUUUAACAUGUGAUUGUUUUUUGGAUUACGAAACAGGUAAAAAUGAAAACCUGCCAAAAUAUGCUUUUUGCAAAGUAAUGAAAUUUCGAAAUAAAAAUACAAGGAAAACUUGCUAUGAAUUAUUGCCAAUGAACCAAAAAAAAGAAUUUCAUUCUAGAAUUGUUCAAUAUUUGGAAAGUAAUUAUCACAAAUGUACAGAUUGUGGGGGUAGGUUAACGGUAGUACGGUCAUCGAUGAGCUUUAAACAUGAAGGGAGCAUCGAUGGUUUAUAUUCGAAGAUAUCUGAAAAUCCUAACAUGUUUGAUGAUAAUGAUGAUGAAUGCUUUGAAGAAGACGAAAAUGAAAAUAAACCGGAGGGGUUUGUAAAUGCUAAUAAAAUUAAAUGUGAAUCUCUGAAUGACAUACGAACUGUUCCUAAAACUACUACCAGGGUUAUGAGUGAUACUACACAGCGCAAUAGUAAUAUAUCAAACAACGGUUUUUCACGCGUUACCUCUAUAUUGAAAACACGCAUUCAUGACGAUAGUAUCAUAAGUAGCAGACGUACAAAACGUGUUACCAUGUCAAACUUAAUGAAACAAAGCCAAAUUAAUAUUGAGUCAGACACAGAUAUAAAACUUUUCGAUUUAUUAAGGCCAGUAGUGGAAGCUAAAACUUUAAGUGACUGGCAUAAUAUUGGAUUAAUAGAUAGUCAAGAUGACCUAACCCAGGAAAAAUCCAGUAAAAGGCUGUUUAGUAUUAAAAUUGAAAAAGGUAUAUCUACAACCAACAUUACAAAAUGCACGUGUUCAGAGUUGAUGAUUAUAAUAUAUGAACAAUUAAUUCACCAUGCGAUUCAAGCUGAAAUGAAGUUGAAAGGGGUGGAAUUCAUAAUUCAGUAUUGUUAUUUAAAUCUUCUUAAUAAUUAUUAUGAUGUCAUAUUACCUAAACUAGAAACAGCAGAGUCAAUGUGUUACGAGAGAAGUAAUUCAGAAAACGAAAUAAACUCAUUCGAAAGACGCAAGUGCUUAGGAAGAAUACAUUCCAUACGAGCUGCUGUACUUUUGUUGACCGAUAAAUUGAUAGCAGCUAAAAUGGAAGCUGAAAAAGCAACACGUAUUUAUCGUAUUAAUCUUUACAACAUGACUCAAUACUUUAAUUUCCGAGGUAUCGCGUCAGCAGUCAAAAAGAAAAGUGAUCGCCAUAAUGAAACGAUUCUGAAAUCAGACUCCGUUUUUUGCCUAAAUGUUGUAACACAAUUGUAUUCAUCUAUAGGCGAAGAGAAAAUCUCGAGAAUAUCUGCUUUUCGAGCCCUAAAAGUGAUACAGAAUGUGGAUUGCAGAGUCAUAGAUAUAUGCGAUGCUUUCACCAAUGCCUUUCAAGUAGAAAUAGAUCGUGACGCAAUUGAGUCUACAGUGGAAAUUGAAUGGUUGGCCUGUAAAGUAUUAGAGCGGUUACCAAGGCCAGUCCAAAUAGAUGAACUUUUCGCUGUGGGGAAAGUCUUUCUUGCAAUUUUUCGAGUGCGAAUGGGACGAGCCCAACUCGCUGCCAGUGUUAGGUCUGGUUUUCGAGCUUUAACAAUUAGUCGAUUUCUUCAAGCUGACAGUGUUACUAUCGAGAUAGUACCCGACUUAUUUUAUAUUCUUUUGGCUCGGCGUCGAAUAGAAGAAGCUGUAGACCUUCUUCAACUCAUGCUUCAAAUGGGUCAGUCUCAUUCUACGCAUGAAUGUGAAACUUGGUACUAUGCAUUAUGUAUCGAUAUGAUAUUAGAUGCUGGCUUUCAAUUGGAAACUCCUUACGAAAUCAGCCGAUUCGCAGAGUAUGCUUUAGAUAGAGGAAGAUCAGCGGGACCCAGCCGACGUCGUUUAGUCCUUGGGCUGUGGACGUAUUGGCUCCGAUCAGAUUUCGAAAGAAAAGCGAAGCGAUUCGAAAAGGAAGCAUUAAGUUGGGCCAGCUAUAACAACGAGGAUUGUUCAUUAACGGAGCUUCUAAGUGCUUUGCGGUUAGCUGAUGGCUUGUUGGAAAGUCUCGCUAGAAAAGUAGAUGACCUGAAAAGGGUCGUAGACAUGGUAGAACUACAUUCGCUAGCUGACCGGGAGCUCACCAGAAUGGAGAAAAGUGCUCGGCUGAUGCGCACGGUGUACCCACGCUGGAUCCUCCUCAAAGCCAGCAGCUGCAGGUUGUCUGGUCGUCAAGUGGCAGCGAAUAACAUGUUUAACCAAGCAACGGAAGAGGCACGACUCAUCUGCAACCGCCUUGAGGAAUCUCUGGCGCGCGCUGCACUGACUAACUCCAAGUUCUGGGUGCAGAGCGCCCGCUCCGGCGGGUUCCCGGACUGGCAGACCGGCGCCGAACACGCCAGGACCACGUGGCACCAGAUCAUGUACAGAAUCACUACAACGAGGCAGCAGUAGGCUCGUCUUUUGAAGUAAAGUAUUUUCGGUUGUGAGUUUGUUUGCAUACGAAUAUGUGAAAAACUUUGCGAUGUUGUCACCGAUGACCCUUGUUGUUCCCACCAAUGCAUUUGCCAGCGACAAAGAUACGAAAUUCCAUCGAAAAAUUAAGCAGUUUAGUAAGUAAGUAACUACGAAAUAAUAAUAUUCUUUUCAUCCCACCACCUCGGAAAGUGUAAUUUUGCGCUUCGAAAUCUGGCUGGAAAAUUCUAUUUUAUUCGCUUGAGCGGCAAAGUAGAUUUGAAUUUAGAACAUCACAUAUAAUGAGUACUCAAUAUAAUUGUAAAUUCAAAACGUCAUUAAACCUAUUUAAUGUAACCUCUAUGGUGCCAAAUUUAUGAUUAGAACUUUUUAAAUUGUGAAAAAAUUUAAAUUUGGAACCUUCUUGGUUUCUUUGUUUUAUUUGCGUGCUUCGCGCCAUUCUAGUUUUUCACGUUUUAUUGCUUAAAUAUUUUGUCAUUAUAAAUUGUUUUCUUUUUCAUUUUGUCAUUUCCUCGCUGAGGUGGGAUGAAAAGUUACGUAUUGCACUCGAGUGGAAAGAUUUUUCACCUUGUGCUCGUUUGUUUCCCUCGCUGACGCUCAGGAUUCUAAUUUAGAAUCACUCGCUGCGCUCGUGAUUCAACUUUAGAAUCCUUCGCUUGCUCGGUCAUCCAAAUCGAGCACGCGGUUAAAAAGGAACUUUCCACUCUUGUAUAAUAAAUAACUAUUAUCUACUCAUGACGAAUUA